UUGUCUGGCUUCCUCUUGGCCCUUGACUCCCGGAGGCUGACGGCGACUGCUGCGGCGGGCGGGGCCUGGCGUUUAGAGGUAGAGCAGCGCCGGGGUGAGGGGCGCGGAGGAGGAGGAGCAGUCAGAGGAGGAGGAGCCGUGUGCCCUGGCACCGAGCGGCCGCGGCCAUGGCGUACGCCUAUCUGUUCAAGUACAUUAUCAUCGGUGACACAGGUGUUGGUAAAUCAUGCUUAUUGCUACAGUUUACAGACAAGAGGUUUCAGCCAGUGCAUGACCUUACUAUUGGUGUAGAGUUUGGUGCUCGAAUGAUAACUAUUGAUGGGAAACAGAUAAAACUUCAGAUAUGGGAUACAGCAGGGCAAGAAUCCUUUCGUUCCAUCACAAGGUCAUAUUACAGAGGUGCAGCAGGGGCUUUACUAGUGUAUGAUAUUACAAGGAGAGAUACAUUCAACCACUUGACAACCUGGUUAGAAGAUGCCCGCCAGCAUUCCAAUUCCAACAUGGUCAUUAUGCUUAUUGGAAAUAAAAGUGAUUUAGAAUCUAGAAGAGAAGUAAAAAAAGAAGAAGGUGAAGCUUUUGCACGAGAACAUGGACUUAUCUUCAUGGAAACUUCUGCUAAGACUGCUUCCAAUGUAGAAGAGGCAUUUAUUAAUACGGCAAAAGAAAUUUAUGAAAAAAUCCAAGAAGGAGUCUUUGACAUUAAUAAUGAGGCAAAUGGCAUUAAAAUUGGCCCUCAGCAUGCUGCUACUAAUGCCACACAUGCAGGCAAUCAGGGAGGACAGCAGGCUGGGGGAGGCUGCUGUUGAGGCCGUUUUUACUGUCUUGCUCCCCAGAGGGGCCCUACUCACUUACUCUUUCACCCUCACCUCCUGCUCAGCUGAGACAUGAAACUAUUUGAAAUGGCUUUAUGUCGCAGAAGACUUUAAUCCUUCAAAUUAUUGUAUAACUUUGAAUAAAUGGUUGAUGUUCACUUGAAAAGACAAAUUUUGGAGAUUGUAUUCCUAUCUAUUUGCAUUUAAUUUCUAGGUCAAUUGAUGUGAUUAUUUUUGUUAAAUGUUGUCUUGUGCCCUUACCUACAAACUGAAUUGUAUUAAACACUACAAAGUUAUCUUGAGUAUUUUAAAUUGGUUUGUGUAGGUUUCCCAAUACCUAUGGUUACCUAAUGUUUAAUAUUAUAGAACUGUCCUCAAAAAGUUUUGUCAAUUUUCAAGGCUAUAAGGAAAAACAGAAGGACUCUUUUAAUUCUGUAUCUAUCAUUUACUUUCUGUAUAUACAAUUUAACCUGCUUGGGUGUAAUUUGCCAAGCUUGAAUUCUUUAAUGCAUUUGCAUAAAUUCUAUACUGUUUAGAGCUUAAAGCAGCAAAAGCAUUGUUAGGAAUUGCUUGGACACUGAAUUUUAAACUUUUUGACAUUGUUAACAAGCAUGUUCAUCUUUUCUUGUCACUAGUCCAAGAUAAAUAUUCUUAAUGUACAUUACUAAAGGCUAUGUGUGUAUUAACCUGUUUUAAUGCCAAAAGUUUGCUGUUUGUCCACAAUUUCUUUAAGACCUCUUCAGAAAAGGAUGUGUUUGCCUUAAUGAAUACUGUUAAGUAAAAAAAACAGUAUAAUGAAUGAAAUGGGCGGAAGCAAAAACUCCCUACACCUAAGUGAUUUCAAGAAGAAUGAAUGUCCACAUUUAAGUGGCACAUUAUGAGGACUUUAAUCUUUCUUUAAACACAAUAAUGUUUCUUUUUCUUUUAUUCACGUGAUUUCUAAGUAUAUUUUUCAUGCAGGACAGUUUUUCAACCUUGAUGUACAGUGACUGUAAAAUUUUUCUUUCAGUGGCAACCUAUAAUCUUUAAAAUAUGGUAAGCAUUUUGUUUGUUUUGAAGGGAAUAUGACAAUAAAUCUUCCAGGUGGAAAAUCCUGUUAAAAAGUAGAGAAGCUUUAGUAAUUUACUCAGUGUGGUGGUUUUAUCCUUCUUUUCUUUUCUCCCUUGGUCUAUAAUGAAUUGUUAUAGCCGUGCAAAAUAAAAUCCUAUGUAUAAAAGUGUUCUUUUUUAUUAUAACCGUAUCAUUAAAAAAAAAUGUAGUCCAUCCACAGCUU